AUGAGAAAUAAUCGCUCGGUUUUUAGACGUGUUCAAACUCGCAUUUUCGUCGCUAGUGAUUUUCGUGCAGGUAAGACGUUUGAUUACAUUUUACUUUCGCGCGGGCAAUUGUGCGUAAAUUGUGUUCUAGCGUGGAGAAAACAGAAAAAUCUGCAAGUGUUUCAUCACAAGUGCCUUCAACAUCUCAUGCACGUCCAACAAGUCCAACUGCCUUCAAGCCUGCCUCAAAUAAAAGAAGUAAGACUUCUAAACAAAAUAAGACCCAAACAGACUUCAUGAAUUACUGCAAGAAUCAGCUUGAAAGCAAAAAUGAAAUUGAUGAAUUUGAUGCAGCCGCAAUUUCGUGGGCGAAAAAAAUUAAAAAGAUGAAUCCAACUCAGGCUAUUUAUGCAGAUAUGCUUAUCAAUCAAGUUGUAAAUAAAGGAUUAUUAAACCAAUUAACCGAGACAACGAUAAUUAUGCAACAAUCACCAGUUCCACUUCCACUUUUCUCACCGCCUAGCCCAUAUAGUGUUGCUUCAUCAAAUUCUUCAUUACAUCGUCCAGAAAGAACAUCUCAAUUACAU